AUGUUAAUAUUUAAAAAGGUUAAUUCAAAGGUGUCAAGCAUAAACAAUUAUUUACAGAAAUAUUUAGAAUCAAAUCAAUUCGAAAAAAAUUUAAAGGAAGCACUAAAUAACAAAAAUUAUGGCGUGUCAAAUAGCCUUUUGUAUGAUUUGUCCAUCUCAACGUAUGAUGCAAAUUAUUACAAGAGAGUUAUGAGUGAGGUCUUUAAGGCUAUUCAAGAAAAGCCAUCAAAAUGGAGAAGAAUAUAUAAGGGAUUAAGAUUAUGCGAAUAUGUAAUGAAAAACGGAUGCGAAUAUUUCAUCAGUGACGUGAAGGACAAUGAAGAACUCAUCAAAAAGCUUACACACUUUACCCAUUUGGAAGAUUUAAAAGACAAGGGGGUAGGAAUAAGAGAAAUAUCAAAUAAUAUAUUAACCUUGUUAAGAGAUAACAAGUAUUUAAAAAAUGAAAGAAUAGAAGCAGCGAAAUAUGCCAAUAUUUGCACUAACAUAGAAUCCAAACCAAUUGAAAAAAAAGGAUUUUUUUCUAGUCGUAAAAAAAAUAUAAAAAACAAAGAGAAAAAUUAUUUUCAAAAUAAUAAAAGACAUUAUAUAGACGCUAAAAAUACAAAAAAUACACAAGAAAAAAGUAUAUUCGAUCAGAUAGAGGAAGAAAGAAAUAUGUUAAAUAAAUAUGCAAAUAAUAAUUAUGAUACUAAUGAUAUUAUGAAUAGAUCAGAUGUUAGAAGAAGAGGAAGUGAACACAAUUCAGUGAACCCAUCUUCUUCAGGGACAUACACAUCAGAUGAAAGCAGUGAUAGUAGUAGCAACAGUAGUGCUGGAAGUGGAAGUGGUUAUAUAGACAACCAUAAAUUAAAUAAAAGCAAAUCCACUAGAGAUACAAAACACCGUAAUUUAUCUGCACAGUCGUCAAAAUAUUCAAAUUCUUCUUCCCCAUCUAACUCUGAUUCAAGAUAUUCAUCGCGUUCACGUCCCAAAUCUGGUUCUCGUUCAUCAUCUCGUGUAACAUCAAGAACAUCUUCGCAUGACUCAUCCACGUCAUCAUCUUCCUCCAGAUCAUCAUCAAGACGAUCGCGUUAUUCUUCUGCAUCAAGUGACUCUAGUUAUUCAUCAAGAAAGAAAUCACAUGCACAAGGCAGGAACCGUAAGUCUAAAGCUCACAGAAGUUACAAAACCGGCCGUUCCAGAUGA